ACAGUAACAGGACGCAGCUGCAGCAGCACCACAGCAGUUCACGGUCAAACCCUGAACAGAGACACUGUGUUUUUUUUUAAUCUCCUUUUCCUCCGGCUCCUCCACACUGAAACCUCCGCCUGUUGCUCACUCUGUCUCUGCGUCUCUUGUGCUGGGAGCAUGGCUGCCAUCAAAGCGUUGGAGCAGUGGUGUAAAAUACAUUGUGAAGGCUACCGAGAUGUGGCCAUCACCAACAUGACGACUUCAUUCAGGAGCGGGAUGGCUUUCUGUGCGCUCAUCCACAAGUACAGACCGGACCUGAUAGAUUAUGACUCACUCAGAAUGGAGGAUGUGUUUGAGAACAACAGCCUGGCUUUUCAGGUCGCAGAGGAGAAGCUGGGGAUCCCAGCUUUGUUAGAUGCAGAAGACAUGGUGGCUUUAAGGAUCCCAGACAGGCUCAGCAUUCUUACCUAUGUCUCCCAGUACUACAACUACUUCAAAGGACAGACUCCCAUGGGAGGUGUAAAAAGGCCAGCAGAGGGCUCCAAGGAGGAGCCAUCAGAGAAGAAAAAUCUCCCUGUGGUUGCCAAAAUCUUUGUGUCUAAAACCACCAACAAUCGUUUCCCUCCAACUCGCACAACUCAGACCUCACCUAAGUUGGCCCCUGCUGCUCCUCAGAAGGCAGUUUUGGCAGAAAAUGCCAACAAAAAUGGGACACUCAACAGCAAAUGUGUUGCUUGCAAGAGUCAUGUUCAUCUGGUUCAAAGGCACUUUGUGGAAGGCAAGCUCUAUCACAGAAGCUGCUUCAAAUGCAGCGAAUGCUCCAACGUGCUCCAUGCAGGAGGCUACAAACCCAGUAAAGAACCAGACACUUACAUCUGUAACGCACAUCAGAACCGUUGCAAACAGUCCUCCUCCGAGAUCAAAAACGGACCCACCAGUUCAUCUGGGCAACUAAAUAGUGCCAGCAAGGCCCAGCCUGCACCACGCCCCUCUUCUGUGCUGACAGCCCCACUAGAUAUUGUUCUGAAGCCAGUCAGUGCCAGUCAACCUACCAAGUCCUGGACAACCUCAGCCCAGCGGACUCAGGCGGCUCGGCAGAGGUUUUUCCAGGCUGCACCGCCUGCCACAGAGGCCACAACAGACGACAGGAAGCCUACAGAGCCCUUAAAUGGGUUAGGAGGGCCGAAGGUCUCACUGAGUCCUGAUGAUGAUGAGAAGAGCAGAGCCAGGAUACUAACUGGGAAGAAACUAGCAGAGGAAAAUUGCAACAAUAACAACAAACGCCCAUUCACUGUCCGAUCAGCAGAGAGAAGGUUUGGAUAUGAGCCAAGUUCAGCUGACAACCCCAGUCUGAGAAAGGAUAAAUACAGCCAAGGCCCAGCAGGAAACUUGGCAGGAGAGCUCUCCACCAGCCAGACAAACAAUAAGGAAUCACCACAUCUGAAGACCAUCAACAAAGACAACACAAGGCCUACAACUGUACACACAACCGCCAAAGAUCCAGCCUGCGAGUGGCAGACAAUCCUCAAACCUGUGAAAACCAAACCAACAUCGAGAGAUGCUGAAGCCUCUACCGAGCAACAUAAGCCUGGAUUCAUGUCCACAGUAUCCCCGAAUGUCUCCAUCAGUGCAACAAGGCCUCCCUCAGCUCCAACACCCGCAGCACCUCCAGUUAGCUUUGCUCCGUUUGAUCCUGCACACUUCAGAGAAGUCUCUCCCCAGAAACCUCAGCAUGACUCUGGAAACCUGGCCGUUAAACAUGGGAGUCACUCGCCUGUAAAAUCCCCACCAAGACGGCCAGCUGUAGAAUCUAUUAGCUCUUCAACCACUGCUCCAGCCAGUUACGGACAUCCGUCAGGUGCUAAAAAGGGAAAGUAUUUGUCACCCACCAACGCCUCCAGGACUGAAAUGAGGUCACCCUCUGUGAAGUCUCCUAAUAUCCUGGUGGAGCAGAUUGAGAGGGAGCUGAUUGAUAUUGAGACAAACCUGGCACAAUUGGAGAAGGAGGGUGUGGAGCUGGAGAAGAAACUCCGCAGUUGUGAGGAAGAGGGAGAGGGGGACAUACUGAUGGACCCACUGAUGGUUGACUGGUUCAACCUCAUUCGAAGGAAGCAGAUGUACAUUAGGAAGGAGUCAGAGCUUGUAUACAUAGCCAGGACGCAAGAGCUGGAACAGCAGCAGCCAGGUGUUGAAGGGGAACUUCGCAGGCUGCUGGAGAAGCCAGAUCAUUUAAAGUCCACAGAGGAGCAACAACGGGAGAAGAAGUUGUUGCAGAGACUGAUGGAGAUUGUGGAUGGCAGAAAUGCAAUUGUGGAGGGUCUGGAUGAAGACAGGCUGAGGGAAGUGGAGGAGGAUCAGCAGUUGAAUGAAAUGAUGCAAAAUCUUGGAUUAAAGAAAGCCAAAAAACACAGGAAAUCCUCCAUUUCAAAAAUGUUCAGACGAAGAAGUAAGAGACGAGUGGAAUAA